AGAUCUAUACUUAAAGACCAGAAUUCAGAUUUCCUCAGUUCUGAAAGGACACUUUGAGGUGCAGGACUCUUCAGUCCUUGAACAUUUCCGGAAGAAUCCAGCAGUCCCUUAAUUUUCUUUACUCACAUCCGGAAGUUCAUAUUAAACAGCCCAUAAAGAGUCUCAACCCUUUCUUCUUGAUCGAUUUCUCUUCCGAUUAAAAUCCCAAGAAGCUGACAUCAUGCUCACUUUGUUGGCGCUGCUGAUGGUGACUUUAACCCUGAUCUAUCGAUAUCUGACCAUGAACCACAAUUAUUGGAAAGAUCGAGGGGUGCCUUUUCCAAAGCCGGAGCUUUUCUUCGGUAACCAGAGAAACUCCAUUCUGUUGAAGAAAACCAUAGGCGAAGACAUCCAAGAAAUUUAUCAAAAGUUCAGUGGACAUCGUUACGUUGGAUUCUUCCAAUUCAUGAAACCCGCCCUUAUCCUGCGGGACCCUGCCCUCCUGAGGACCUUGCUGAUUAAGGACUUCCCAAAUUUCCAAAGUCGUGGAAUCUUUACCAACGACGACAGUGAUCCCUUCACUGCGAAUUUAGUUAACUUGUCAGGACCAAAAUGGAAAUUACUUCGAACAAAGAUUUCUCCAGCUUUCACCUCAGCCAAGCUCCGAAACAUGAACACGUUAAUUAUGGACGCGGGUAAAAGAUUUCAGACUUACGUUGAAAAUCAUGUAGUAGACAAAGAAGAGGAUGUGGAGAUCAGUAGCCUCGUCGCCAAAUUUAUGACAGAAAUUGCCGGCACCUGUUUAUUCGGACUCGAGAUGAACGCUUUACAGAAUGAGGUGCCGGAAAUCCGAAAACUGUGCAAUAAAUUUACCAGACCCUCGACCUACCUCACUGUAUUGAGAUUCAUCAGGCAGCACUUCUUGUGGUUCUUCAGGCUGUUCAAUUUUCGUAUGAAUCCUAUUGGUGUAGAGGCAUAUAUGAUAGCCAUAAUAAAAAAUGCCAUACAAUACAGAAAGGAGCACAACGUGGUCCGGCCAGAUUUAAUGCAACAACUUAUCGGCAUAAUCGACGAAGAAGUGGAGACCGAUGGAAGUAAGGUCGAGGGCUCUGAAAAUGCGAUUACACUACUGGUCGUCGCUGCCCAGGCUUACGUAUUGCUUCUCGCGGGCUUCGAGGCCUCCUCCAGAAUCGUGAACUUCGCCUUGUACGAACUGGCAAGGAAUCCCAAAAUCCAGGAGAAACUCCUAGAAGAGAUCGACAGUACUGUAGAAAAACACGGAUCGUUUUCCUACGAUGUAAUUCACGGGAUGGAAUAUCUGGAUCGAGUCGUUCGCGAGACAAUGAGGAAGUAUUCUGUGAUAGAUAUGAGCCAACGACGGUGUAACAAGACCCACGUAUUUCCCGGAACCGACCUAACAAUAGAAGAAGGCAUUUACGUUAUAGUGCCCAUUAUGGCGUUGCACCGAGACCCGGAAUAUUUCCCAGAGCCGGAGAAGUUCGAUCCCGACAGAUUUUUGGAUAAGAACGCCCUAAAGGCUUAUUUCCCCUUCGGUGACGGACCAAGAAAAUGCAUUGGAGCCAGAUUCGCGUCUCUCCAAAUCAAGACUUGUAUUAUAUAUUUACUAAUGCGGUUUAUGGUAACGGAGACUCCGAGAACUAAGCCUUUUCUUACAUACGAUACCACUUCUGGUAUCCUGACCAACAAAAAUGGAAUCUGGAUGAAAAUUCUAAACCGACCAGGGAAAGAACCGAAAAUUCCUACUGGCCUUGGGAAAGAAUUCUUGGAAGUCUCUCCCUCCGCGUAAAACCGCUCGACAUAUUUACCAAAAAAACUAUCAUGUAUCCAUACGUUCGACAAUCUGUUUCUUUUACUUCAAUUGUUGUAUACUAUCGUAAUACCCCGUAAAACAUUACAGAACUGAAAUGGAUAUUUGCAGUUUCUUUUAUUGGCGCGAAAAAUUAUAAAUGUAGCGAUUUGGUAGCUGCUUUGGCAAUGAUAUUUAAAUCUCUGAAACGUUUGCAAUUUGAA